AUGGCUUUCACGCCCGUCGUCCUCUGGCCCUUGACGCUUGCCGCUCUGCUGAAUUACGCUCUCACCACACAGUCCACUACCACCCUCACCACCCUCAUCAUUUGUUCUAGUCGCGAGGCAUUCCUCCAGGCCCUCUUGCACACAGCCCAACGUCAGGAAAGUAAAGAAGCAGAUAGCCUCCAGCAACUCAUCACCCCGACCCUGCAUAAUCUAUUCACCACACAGAACGUCAAUGUUGCCUUCUGUGGGUCAGUCCAGACACUGUUGGCCCACUUAUCAGCGCUAAAGCUCACGCCAUGUUGCGGCAUUGAUGGAGAAAGGAGUGCUUUGAGACUGGUGCUUGUCAAUCCUCUCGCCCUCCACGCGCCGACCCCGUCAUACUCAGCACAAGGGCUGUCGCGGACGUUUGCUGCUGCCGUUGAGACGGCCUUCAACCUCAAUGCCGAGCUUAUGGUAGUAGAAUGUCUGGGAAUGAGGAGAGAAGACCGUCUCUACGACGAGGAUGAUCUGGAUGCUGCGAUGGCGGAUGCAGAGGAGGGGGGGCGGUCCGAGGCCAACGAAGAGGAUCCAUGGAACCAAGAGGUGCCCAUCCUAAACGUCUCUGCAAGGAGAUUUGGCUCGGGAACGGGCGAACGAGCAUGGGCUGGUAGGACUAUCAAGGCAAGGAGAGUCGCUGGGAGAUGGUUUCGAUUCCAGCAGACUGAAGGCCUGCAAGAUCCGGGGGGAGCAGCGUAA